AUGAAGAAACAGAGGUGUCCCAUGCAGAUGUUUCCUCAUGAUCUGAGUUGCUUCACAGCCAGUGGACCCUUCUCUCCGAAGAGACCUAAUUCUUUGUGAACCCUCUGCAUGGCAUGGCAAGGGGUUUUCUGGCCCAAACAGUGACGGUGGUUUCUCUUACUGUAACAGUUUCUGCUACUGCUGCUCAGUCUUCUUAUUGCCGCUAUCUCCACCCAUUAUUCCAGUCAACCAGGAAUCAAGCCAUUUGCUCACCUUCAGGACACUGGUUCCACAAUAACGCUGCUAGAAUGUCUUGUUAUAAACAUCCAAGACAAAAUAUGCACAACAAAGCUAGGACCUCCCCCUAUCCAGGGUCAAAGGUCGAGCGCAGUGAAGUGCCCAAUAAUAAGGUGGACUGGUUGACCGAAUGGGAGGACUACAGCCCUGUUGAAUACACCGCACGCUCUGUUUUGGCAGGACCUCAAUGGGCAGAUCCAGAGAUUGGGAACAAAAAUUUUUCUCCCAAGUUCAACGAGAAAGACGGGCAAGUGGAGAGGAAGAGCCUGAGCGGCAUAUAUACGGUUGAAAAUGGAAGGCCCAGGAAUCCAGUGGGCAGAACAGGAAUAGUCGGUCGAGGCCUUUUGGGUCGUUGGGGGCCAAACCAUGCCGCAGAUCCUCUGAUAACUAGGUGGAAGAGAGACAGCAGCGGCAAUAAGAUGGCUCACCCAGUUUCUGGCAAAAACAUUUUGCAGUUCAUCGCUAUCAAAAGGAAGGAUUGUGGGGAAUGGGCCAUCCCAGGGGGCAUGGUAGACCCAGGGGAGAAAUUAUCUGCUGCGCUGAAACGAGAAUUCGGUGAGGAGGCUUUGAACUGUCUGCAGAAAUCGGGUGCCGAGAAAGAAGAGCUGGAAAAGCAGCUGAAUAGGCUUUUCAGUCAGGAUCAUUUUGUGGUAUAUAAGGGGUAUGUGGAUGACCCCCGUAAUACAGACAAUGCAUGGAUGGAAACAGAAGCGGUGAACUACCACGAUGAAUCUGGGGAAGCCAUGGAUAACUUGCCCCUGGAAGCUGGGGACGACGCUGGGAAAGUGAAAUGGGUCGACAUUAGUGACAAGCUUAAGCUGUACGCCAGCCAUGCUGACUUUGUCAGGAUGGUAGCAGAGAAAAGGGAGGCUCACUGGAGUGAACUGCCUGAUCUUGGGUGCCACGGUGGGGCCGAGAUCAAAGGAUGAACAUAGCCAUGAAAUAUCGGGUGCCGGUUCAGCAGAGGGAUGAAGUGUGAGUGCUGUUUUGAGAGAAACUAGUUUACUGCAGAAAGCGUAAACAGCCAGAGUUUUUAUUUAUGUCCCCUUGAUUUCAGUGGGAUACAUUUAAGCACCUGCUUAAAACUUCUGUGGAAAUUCAAAAUGACUUACAAGUGCUCAAUUUUUGGCUGCAUUCUUCUUAGCAGGAAAUAUUAUCCCAAUGAUUGAAUAAUAUGUCUUCUGCUUCCUCUGUGCUCUUCAUGUACAGAGAAGUAAUAUGGGAUGUGAGAAUGUGAUUUAAAAAAAAAAAGACAUGUUAUUGAGAAGCAAAACCCAAAUUACAAAAGUCCUCGUCGUUUUUUAGUGGUUUACAUGAUCUUGCUUUUGAUAUAAUUGUGAGUUUCAAAGGUGGGAGAAUUUGGGUGCUGGAAGUGCACAGCUGUCUUAUUUUUACUCUUCCUCCUCCUUUUCCAUGGCCAGAUAAGCUUUUCAGACCCACAGAUCUCUUUCUGUUCUUGUGCAGCAUCACUGAGUGUCAAGCAGUCAUGAUUUCUGUACCAGUUUGUUGGCCAUGGAUCAGUCUCUUUUUCUAGGCUGAUGCUGAUCUAACGUUAGGGAGAUAAAACCUUGCACUGUUGCCAUUCCCAAACUCAUCAAAUACAAUCUCAAAAGUAAUUCAGGAGCCAAAACUUUGAGCCAGAGCCUGAACUCUUUCCGUAUUGAUCACACAAACCACCAGCAAGGCCUGAGAAGUACAAGAAAUUAACAACAGUCCUGGCAUCGUAUUUCACUGCAUUGUCAUCAUGGAGAAAUAAAUACAAGAACUAAUCAGAAGAAAAUGGAACACAGGUUUUUAACCCCAAGCGACUAUGAAUGCAACUUAGUAGGAAAAGUCAUUCAUAUAGACACAAAACAUAACUUAGAAUUGAAAUGCACUUGCAAUAUUUUGUUGUUGUUGUUGAUUUUAAGAUUGUAACCCGGGUUCCAAACCUGGGGCCUACCUGAUUUCCUCCUCUGGCUGAGCACUUCCUACAGCUCCAGAGGGACCUCUGAGAUUCAAGAACAGGGUUGUUAGACUAUCCAGGGUCCUCAGAAGCUGUACUAGGGAUACUGCCCUUUAGCUCCCAGCUGCAGAAAUUACUUGCUUGAACCCACCAGCAUUUUAAAAGUGUUUACGAGUUCCCAUGACCCCAGCACUGAGGUGAUUGUGACCUGCCUUCGUCCACUGUGCAGGCUGACCUUGUUUCCCAAGUGACCAUUUUGGGUGUCUUUGUGCCGCAGCAUGCCUACAAAUAAAUUUUCAGGCUUUAGAAACUGCUGCUGAUUUUGCAGACAUCACGCAAAUCCAGUGCAUUGCCACUAUCACAAAUCUAAUAAUGUUAACAGGCUUCGCAUCCUCUGUCUCCUUCAGUGUUUUACUUUUCUUCUGAAGUUGUUUUGAUGGUCAGUUAUGUACCCUGCUGUAUGUCUUGUCAGCCAGCAGCUGUUUUCUACAGUGUAGAACACGCCAAAGCAGAACGCUGUAAUAAGUCAUAAAAAUACAAAACUGUGUGGCCCAAAAAUCGUUUAUAUCACAAUAAAUUGUAUUCAAACAUAUCUCACAAAACAAUCAAAAGUGCAGAAGGAUGAAUGGAGCCCAGCUCCAGCAAGAAUAUCUCAGUUCAAUUAGUCCCGUUCUGACAGAAGAUAAAAUAAUGCGGCCAUAAACUCCAAGCCCUUACAAGGAGGGAAAAGGCUCAAAAGAGCACCAGUGAAGUGAAAGUCCGUUCUGAGGGGCAGGUGGGGCAACAGCAGCAACUCUUCACCUCACUCCUCUUCGCUCGCCGGAGAACUCCAACAUCAAACUCUCAACGCGUCUGUUGACUGUUCUUGCUGUGUAUUUCGAAGAACUGCCCUAAGGCAGUUCACACUUUAUCAAGAGCAAAAUGGUACAUGACUUUCAACUGCACUUCACAAAUUUCAUUCCAGGCAAAUGCUUUGGAGUUCUCCGGCGACUGAAGAGUGAGGUGAAGAGUUGCUGCUGUUGCCCCACCUCCCCCGUGGAACGGACUUUCACUUCACUGGUGUUCUUUUGAGCCUUUUCCCUCCUUGUAAGGUGCUCUUUUGAGCCUUUUCCCUCCUUGUAAGGCUUGGACUUUAUGGCCACAUUAGUUUAUCUUCUGUCAGAACGGGACUAAUUGAACUGAGAUAUUCUUGCUGGAGCUGGGCUCCAUUCAUCCUUCUGCACUUUUGAUUGUUUUGUGAGAUAUGUUUGAAUACAAUUUAUUGUGAUAUAAGCGAUAUUUGGGCCACACAGUUUUGUAUUUUUGUUUUCUACAGUGUGAAUUGAGUCUUGGCUUAUUCACUGCUGAAUAAAUCACUCAAUUUUCAGUUUUCUGUUAUCCCUCACCUUCUGUGUACUCUGCCUUCCUUUGAUUAGGUUUGCUUGAUUUUCUCCUUCUCCCACACAAUGACACAAAUCUUAGGACAGCACUGUAACUACUAUACCACAUGGACCACUGAUGUUAUGUAUUGCACAGUGCCAAAACAUCAAGAUGGGAUGGGGUGGGGGAACGACAGUAUGCUUCAAAAUGGAUUGUAUGAAUUUCUGUCUCAUUGCAACCAAGUAAUAAAAACAACUCUGUGAUGCUGA